AGCGCAUCUUCACCGAGCUUUGAUUGUCUCAACGCCUCAUUUCCCGACCCCUAUGCACCGCGGUUCUAUCAGUAAGUUUCUCACACGUGGUUUAAUGCAACGUAUCAGGCCCCAUUCUCAACGACGGCAGGCUAAAGCAAUCGAUAGGCAUGCACUGUCAGUUGUAGUCUCUGCGAAGUCAAGUUGACGAGUUACAGUUGCUCCUUUGAUACGGAUGUGGUUCAAUCCUGUCCGGCCGCAACACGUUUACUCGGCACGAUUGGUCUGUGUGUUUCUGGCCCGUCCUUGGGCACUACGCACCGGCUCCGGGUUGGCCUUACGGACCGGUCCGCCUAGUAUCCGUAGGGAGAUGACGAACAACGCAAGGCCUCUUUAUGGUCUUUGCGGUCGUGGAGAUCAACCACGGAAUGUAGCCCUGGGUUGUCGCAAAUCCCCAAGCUUAUCGUCUGUCCGGUUGAGACCGGCCUGGAUACGCGACUCAAAGACGAGAAUGCUUCUUCAUGGCCAAGAGCUGAAGAUGCACUUGAACCGCCUGAGCCAGCUCGCGUUAUCCCGCCAACGGGGCAUGUUACGUGUCACGAAGUCUUGCUUAUUGGCGGAGGUGCGGUCGACCCCCAGUGCAGAUGUCUCGCCUGUUUCUAGCCACAUCGGGGCCUUGUCUGGCGGGUGACUUGCAACACCUGCUGGUCCGACUGGAAAACUGC